CGUGGCUCAGUCCUCGAUCGCGACUCGGUACAGAUAACUAGGAACAAUGGCAGGAGUAAUGCAUAAGUUUUUGUUUGCUUCUAUUGCCAUGUGGAUUGCUCCAAUCGUAAUUCUAUAUGGGUUUAAUCACCAUUUAUUUCCUGGUUCGAGCGAGCUAUCUUCCUCCUCGAUAACUCUCGUAAGUGGGUUUCUUGCGGUCAUAUCGGUGAACGUUGUUAUUGUAAUAUAUAUAUUCUCGGCCAUGAAGGAGCCGGCAAAUCGGCUGCACGAGCCAGAUCCAUCAUUCUUAGCAGCUGCGAAAGCCAGUAUUAAUCAUCCCAUGUCUUCAGGAAGCAGCAGCGAAGAUGCUGUAAUUCGAGAGAAAACAGACUGAUCUACUUCUCAAAGUUCUGGCAGAAACUGCUGCUCGCUUUGAUGGUUGAUACCAGAGCUCUCCAAGAGGUCAUGUUGAUUUUGUUUCACAUUCUGACCAAAACCCUUUUUUUUAAUUAAUUUUUGCUUUCAAAAUUUGGAGCUUUCAAAAUGAAUUUCAUGUAUAUCCUUAUUAUUAUUAUUGGAGGAAAAGAUUAGGUUGUGGCCCUGCAGAAUAGUUUGAGGGCGUUCCUUUUUUAUCUUUGUUUGAAAUUUGCAUACACACCACAUAAUUCUUAUUUAUUUACAUAUUUAACACCAAAAGUUUGAUACUUACACCUGUAAUACAUUGGUGUUGUAAACCUGUGCAUGAAUAAGCAUUUCUC